AAAAUGGUAGGGGUAGGCCAUAUUGGGGUUGUAAUAUUGGGUGUCCUCGCAUGUUUUAUUUCAGCACAAGCUCAACUAAAGAUUGGUUACUAUGCUAAAACCUGCCCAAAAGCUGAGAAAAUAGUGCUAGACUAUGUCAAUAAGCACAUCCCAAAUGCCCCAUCAUUGGCUGCAACACUUAUUAGAAUGCAUUUCCAUGAUUGCUUUGUUAGGGGUUGUGAUGCAUCUGUUCUUCUGGAUUCUAGUUCGAGCAAUCAAACCGAAAAGGUUGCACCUCCGAAUCUCACACUCAGAGGCUUUGGCUUCAUCGACAGUGCGAAGAGCCUACUUGAAGCUGAAUGCCCCGGUAUUGUGUCUUGUGCUGACAUUAUUGCAUUGGUUGCAAGAGACUCAAUUGCUGCCACAGGAGGUCCUUCUUGGAAAGUACCCACUGGUAGAAGAGAUGGGUCGAUCUCAGAUUUCUCGGAAGCCAUAGCCAACAUUCCUGCGCCGAAUUUCAACUUCAGCAGCCUCGUGACAUCUUUUGCUAACAAGGGACUUGAUCUGAAAGACCUUGUCUUGUUAUCUGGUGCUCAUACAAUUGGUAUCUCCUUGUGCACAUCAUUCUCAAACCGGCUCUAUAAUUUUACUGGUGUUGCUGAUCAAGACCCUGAUUUAGACAGUGAAUAUGCUGCAAAUCUUAAGGCCAAUAAGUGCAAAACGCCUACUGACAAUACCACAAUAGUUGAGAUGGAUCCAGGUAGCCUUAGGACAUUUGAUCUUAGCUACUACACACUUCUGCUAAAGAGAAGAGGUCUGUUUCAAUCCGACGCAGCUUUAACCACAAACUCCACCUCAGUCUCAUUCAUUACUCGACUCCUUCAGGGAUCACUUGAGAAUUUCUACGCCGAAUUCGCCAAGUCCAUGGAGAAAAUGGGGCGCAUAGAUGUCAAGACUGGUUCGUUCGGUGAGAUUCGGAAGCAAUGUGCAGUGGUGAAUAGUUAAACAGUAUUGGUUUGAUUUGAGGCUUGAGUUGUGUGAACUAUUUUGUUGCAUUACCAAUUUUUUUCUUCCCAGUAUUCGAACUCUGGUCUUGUAAUAAAAGUAAGAUUCAAUCACCCCAAAAAAAAAAA